CUAUCCAUGCAUCCAAGAAAUUUUGCUUUUGACAAAAUCGUCCGUAAAAAUCGUUUGUACUUCCGUAUCCCGGGCUCUGGUGUACAGUCACAUUGAGGCGAUAUUUUUAUUUAAGUUCAGUCCGGUGACCAGUUAUGCGCAAUCGCAAGCUCAGAGUAGUUCCCUCGAGAUGGCUUCCCUUGUGGCCUUGGUUAAUUGCAUACAAAAUUCGUCUUAAUCAACUUGUCCUUUAUCAAACGCACAGGUUGAAGAUGUGGUCAUCGUUGAAGAUCUAACCAAGUGGCAAGAAUUGGUAAAUGAGCGUGAUGCUCUCCAGUGGAAGUUAGAUCACGCCAAUGUAAGGUUUUAUUUGUUGUUUGUUUGUUUGUUUUGUUUUGUUUUUUCCUUUCAGUCUAUUUUAUUAUUAUAAAGAAUCCCUGAUUUUUUUAUUUUUUGUUAUUUUAGCUUAAAGAUCAUUACUUAAGUAAACAUCCAGAAAAAAUCCUCUUUGUAUCAUUUUUAUCACCGAUUUUUUUUUUUUUGACAGGAUAACCUGUGAAAGUAGACGUAUUUCCGGUCGUCGCUUCUCUGCAUCCGAAACUUACCCGUAACUUUUGAGGUGAAGAGAAGCGACGACCGGAGAUACAUCUACUUUAGUCGUAUGCAGGGUAGCCAGGACGAAAAAAUGACAUUUAGCUUCUAUUGACUAUUUAUCCACUUGUUUACUUCUUGUUGUAACUUUUGAAGUGACGACCGGAGAUAGAUCUGCGUUAGUCGCAUGCAGGCUAGCCAGCAAUAAAAAAUGACAUUUUUAGCUGCUGAUUGACCGCUUAUAACCGUUGAUGAAUUUGCCAGGAAGGAUUUAACCACUUGUUUACUUCUUGUUGUAGGCUGUACACGAACAAACAGGAGAAAAGCCCACACACAGGAAGUUUAUCUGUUGUGGAACAAAAUUUGACUCCAUCAGCCAGUAUGGAAGAGAGCUUGAAGUAAGAACUUUAAUGCCUAAGUUAACAUACAUUUCUUUCAUCUUAACAAAGUAAUAGAUAAUUGUGCUCAAUGAUCUGCUUUUUGGCGAUAAUACUCCGUUAUAGAAAAGCGCUUGCGAUAUACCGUAACGUAAAACGUGGCUUAAAAGGUGGCUUCGCGGGAAGUCAGUAGAAUCGCGUUCCUUUGCUUGAUUUUCUUUAUACUUCAGAAUUAGCUACCAAGGGAUAGGGUCUUCAAAGUGUUCGAAAAGUGUUUCGAAACCCUUCAGCAUGAUCUCCACCAUAAAUAAUUUAAUCGAUGUCGUCCCAUACAAGGUAAUCCAAGACAUACUGUUUCCGGGUUUUUUUUUUUUUUUUUCAAUGGAACUUGGAUUUUGGAUGCUAAUCGUUAGCGGGAUUCCCGAUUCCUUGAGCUGAAUCCUGGAUUCCGAAGCCCAGGACUGCUCUACCACUUUCGUUAGAUCAAUAAUCUUUGACAUGUUUUCCCUUCGCAGGCAGUACAAGCAAAACUAGACGAAGAGACGGAGAAGAAACACAACCUGUUUCCGUGCUGUUUUGUGGUUUUCCGUUCUCUUCGUGCAUCAACUCUUGCGCUUCAAAGUGAUUGGGAUAACUCUCCCCUAGAAGUCGAUGUUAUACCAGCUACUGAACUGGCCAACGUGCUGUGGAACAACCUGAAUAUUGGCCUUUGGCAAAGGUGCUUUUAUUUAUACCUAGCAUAAGUUCUAUUCCCCCAUCCGGUACCUUGAGAAAGAAAGUAAAGUAGAACCCUCUCAUAAGCGACCAACCAUAAUGCGAAAACAGAGCAGGCGUUUUUUUUUAACCGAAACCUCAGAGUAGAGCUCCUGACUCGUACAUCGAUCGCGGAACAAUUGAAAACCCAAGGGACCAGGGACGGUCAACGGGAACCUCUCCUUUGGAAUCAUUUUUUGACUCGCCUGUGGAUGGAUGGGACAACAUUUAUAACUUCAUCUUUUGCACUGCAAAAUACGCCUGCUUUGCAAACUAAUGAUUUAGUGGUUUCUGGUUGUGGUUUCUGGUUUCUGGUUGUGGUUUGUGGUUUGUGGUUCUGGUUUCUGUUGAUUUAGUGGUUCUACGAGAGUUGAACUGCAGGAGGUCUUUUACGAGGAAAAGUGCAGACACAUCUUUUUUGCGUGCACUUACUAAGUUACAAUAUUAUGUAGUUCCGUGAUCAGACCAUUGUAUCAGGGAGGCUUAGAAGAAGUCAAAAGUAAUGGAAUGUAAUGAAAAAGCAGUGGAACUGAAACUAUAAAAAAGUCACAAAAAUAAGUGGUCGCGGUGCGGAGAGGAAGUCGAUCGUUUACGAUGUUCUAAUUUUAGGGAUUUAACUCGGAAAAUUUUUCACUUAGUGUUUUGGAUAGGUGGUCGCUUAUUACGGGAGGUGGGAUAAGCAGAUAAUACUCGGCUAAAGGGACCACAUCCUUCAUAAAAGGUUGACAGGAGGGCGUAACAUUUCCUUUUGUACUUGGACAUAAAAUUAUUUUUGCCGUCAGAUUUUGCCCCAAUGCAUUUUAAUUUAGUAGUAAUUCUAUCUUGCUAUGUUAGGAAAUUGCGCACGACUCUGAUCUACGUCCUGGUGUUUUUGCUGGUGUUCUUUUGGACGGUGCCUGUAGCGUUUGCUUCAACGCUGGUCUCUUUACAAAACCUCACAAAAGUUGCUCCUUUUUUGAAACCAGGUGAGAUUUUACUGUUUUACCAACGCUUGAAUCCCAGGGUUACUCCCUAUAAUGGCGUAUAGGGGAAGGUUUCGCCCCGCCCGAAAGGGAUACCUUUUUGAGGCUUUAGGUGUCUAAUAAAAGGAUGAGGAUUUCAGUGGGAAAAGUAUAUGAAAGGGUAGGAAAAUCUGUCAUUUUGGUCUGUAAAAUGCCCUAAGGGGGAUAACAGACGCCAUUUUGUAGCUAUGAGUAAGAUAAGAAAACUUCCUGGUUUAGUGACUUUUGCAUAUUUAGAAGACCGUGCAUUCACAGCAGUUAAAAGAGAAGCAAAGUUCUGAAAAAGGUAUGUGAAAGGGGUAACAUUUGUCGAUAGAAGUUUAUAAAAAAGUGAUACCUUUCCUAUCAAAAGAGGUAUAUAAAAGGGUAAGGGUUGAACCUCGGAGCUUUCUUGAGUUUUUCCCCGGGCUUGAAUUUCGUUUUAACUUUUGGUGUCCUCUCACCCCGGCUUUGCAUUUUCCAAUUUCACCUGCAGUUUUAGAACUUAACGCUUUUGUCAAGGGAGCAAUCGAGGCUUUUUAUCCGGCUUGGCAUUGUUGGUUUUCUUCGCUAUUUUGCCUCUGGUAAGUUUUUACUUCAUCUGAUAGCGUCAAUUUUUCGUCAGUACUUUGAUAAAGGCACCGACGCAGCCUUUUUUUGUGUGUGUCAUUACGUGACGACUCAAAGAAUGGUUUCGUAGGAGACUAUAAUUUGACUGCUUUUUUUACAUAGCUCAAAAUCCCGCACAACUGAUUCCUUUGUUCCGCAGCUCGUUCAGGCGGGCUAUUCACAAACCAGAAUGACAUACAGUCAGUUCAUUUUAUCUCCAUAUAUUUCUCUGUUUGUGUUUACAUGAUACCGAAACCACAUUUCGUUCCCCACACAAGUCAUUCUGGAAUUCAAUCCGAAUGAAACCGUCGUUCUGGUACAAGAUUUCAUUCUGGUAUCAUGUAAACCGAGAUCGAACUUCCUUCCGGAUUGAUUGUGUUUCUGAUCUGGCGCAAAAACCCCGCGAGCAGGAACGCCUUUGACGGAGUCGUUCGAUUUUAUCAUGUGAAUGCGGUACAAACUUCACUCUGGAACAAACCUCAUUUCGGAAUGAAAGUCAUUCCGGUAUCAUAUAAACACCCCCUCAGUAAAAACAAAUGUACUCGACAAGGGAUUAUAGUUUCUACUCUGAAACAAAGUUUCAGUUGAAAAUUAACCAGGAAAAAAACGUAGACAAUGUUAUAAUUAAUAAUUAAUUUAUUUGGAACUAGACGACUCCAACUCCGACUCUCUUUCGCGGGCCCAUAAAGCCUGAUGCUUUAUUAUUACCGGUAUUAACAUACAGCACGUCUGGUCUGCCUGUGAUUAACCUGCGAUACGGCGCUUUUCUUUUUCGUCUCCCAAACAAAAAGGAAGACGCAGAUCGCCUGAUCGCAGGUUAGCCUGUGGUGACAAAAGGAAAGUCAAUUUUUUUGCGUAUUACUACUAUAAAAAUAACAUUUUGAUCCUGUGAUAGGUUCUGAGGCUUUUUAGCAAGCUUGAAGGAAUUCCUACGCAAAGUAGAGUAGACCAAUCCACGCUGGGAAAAUUGUUCAUUUUCAUGGUAAAUAACAUUUAUUUACAUUUAUUCAAUUAGUUGUUGUCAGUGAGUGGUCAAUGCUAAGUAUAAACCUUAUAACCACGGCAGCUACUACAAAAUUCGUUUCUAUAGCGCUAUAAACUAUAAUUUACUAUUUUUAAGACUUUCACACUAUGCCGUAGGAUACUAAUUCUGAGCAACAUUCGUUUUCUUUAUUCCGACCUUCAAAUUCGUCCCAUUGCUUCCUAAGCCCUUUUUUUUCUUCACUGGGUCCUUUUUCAACAUUUCAGUGUUGCGUAACAUUAACUUAUGAGAGUUUAAUGGGGAUUCAGCUAUCGCUACUUAAGUCAGUAGUAGUCAAAAAAGUAGCAGAAUUCGUAUCGUGACGUUUUCUGGCGUUUGAGGCCGGUUCAGAGCGCCACAAAAAACACUGGUUCCUGGUUCAAAAGAGUUUCAAUUUACGAGCUGUUUGUGUCUUUCUCCUCCUCCUCCUCCUUCUUCUCCUUUUUCUUCUUCCUUUUUGUAUUUAUUCAUUGGCUUUACGUUCUUUCACAGCUUGUGAACAAGUUUCUGUUCAUGACUUUAGUUGGAUCAGCGCUCAAUAAGCUGAAGGAGAUGUUAGACAAUCCAAGCCAGAUUCCAACUUUCCUUGCUGAAUCCCUCCCCUCACAGUCACUGUUUUUCAUUUGCUACAUCAUGUUGGCAACACUGACUGGAUAUGCGCUGCAGCUACUGCGCAUUGCACCGCUUAUUAUAGUGGCUAUUAAGAGGAAAUGGCUUGUCAAGACGGAGCGCGAGGAGAAAGCAGCCUGGAGACCACCACCUGUCCUUUAUGACCGCGUAGUAAGUACAAUGACCUGGGAAAUAACUUCCUUAAGUUGCUAGGCAACUAGACUAGCCCCAGCCACAAAUUGCUCGGCAACGUUUGCCCAACUUUUGCCUUUUGGAGCAACUUUUAAUUUUUGGGGUAACUUGAUUAAAUUUUAAGCAACAUAAUUAAACAAUCCUGUAAUACUGUUUAGGCCAUGUUAUAUAUCCUUACUUAACAAAUGCUAUAUAGGUUGGGAUUGAGGAAUCCCCCCGACUUGUCCCUUGACAAUCUUGACGUGUAACGUCGAAUCCAAUUUCGACGAGGAAUACUGGGAACUAGGUUUGAUUUGGUUGCAGAGCAGGCAGGGGGUCGAGCAGGGGCUUAGCAGGGCAACCUCCUCCUCGACCGAGGGUUUUCUCCUACUCGUCCCUCGGAGCGAAAGAGACGAGAAGGGAAGGACCCUGAAAACGAGGUUGUAGCAGGGGUUGUAUGAGGCCGUGCAUGCAUUGUCAGUAAGUUAACUAACGUUGUAAUCUUAUCUUAGUUCGCCAAUCACCUGUUCAUUUUGAUUGUGGGUUUGUCGUACUCGGCGCUUGCACCCAUCAUCACUCCGUUUGUGGCGCUGUACUUUGGCUUUGGUUACGUUGUGUGGAUGUAUCAGACGAUAAGUAUAUACAUCCCAAUAUACAGCUGUGGUGGAAUGAUGUGGCCCAUAACGUUUAACAGGUAAAACUUACAGUACAUAGUAUAACAUUUUGUAUUAAAUUAUGAUUGGCUGAAAAUUCAUUCCUUAUUAUAUUAUACAUUGUACUCAGUAUGUGCCUUCUCAUUGGCUAAGAUCCUACAGACAAUUUUGGAAAUUCGGGCAACCUACAGAUUCAGGUUAAUGUUGGAUGGCCUUGGAGGGGCGAAAAGAACUAUAACUAAUCGAUCAUCCAGUAACACAGUGUCAAGUCAUGAAGCCGCAAACUAACAUGUUUAUCACCUGUGCAUAUUACUGCUAAAUGUACAAUUGAUUAAAAAAACCUAUUCUAAAAAGGACUCCGUCCAAGAUCAGAAAAAUGAAACGAAAAUGGUUUUCCUUUGUUCUGCUCUUUUAUAAAACUCUAAGUUAGCAAGUUUUACACCCUAUUCAUGUAUAUGUAGUGGCGCCAAAAAAACGUAGCAAAUUAAUAUUUGAAUCACGGGCAGGGUUUUGAUUUGCGACGUGCAUGUUGCUUUUUUCUUCGUUUUUGUUCCCUAAUGCCCCUUUCUGCAGUCCAAGAUACAAAUUAUAUUUAAAAACCUAAACCGUUUUCCGCUUUAUAGGAUGAUCAUAGGAACAGCGGUGUUUCAGUUGUUGAUGGUUGGAGUGGUCGCUUUGAAGGGAUCUUUCGCAGCUUCAUGUUUGGUACUUCCGCUUCCGGUGGUGACGGUCUUCUUCUAUCUCUUCAUUCUGCAGCAUUAUAUAAGACCAUCAGCCAACUUGUCGCUUAAAGCUGCGCACAGCCUGGAAAAUCCUGCUGCUAACUUUUUGCAGGUUAGAUGUUGAGAGAGAAAGACAGACGAUCGUAUCUUUUCUAGAUCACCAUGUUUUCUUGACAAGACGCGUAUACUACGCGUUUAUUGGGCUGCUAUGGUCUAAUAUUUGCUUUGCUGAGUUUUAGCUCCUCCUAAACCAAGUAUAAACUAUUAAAAGCACUUGUUUCGGCUUUCAAUGGAUGGAAAAUUCUUAGUCACGGUCGGCCCGCUGCAGGGGAAAUAGGACACGUCAGUAACGCCUUCUAAGAGAUCUGUCGGCCAUGUUAUCUUUUUUCGACACAGACACCACCCAUGUUUUGAUUGAGCCACAGGCAGCCCAAUAACAAGCCAACUCGGGACCUUUAGAAUAGACUACGGGUUCAGACGAGAGUGAGAAAUGUGCCUCGUAUAUAAUUGCUCACGAGCGGGGGAGGACAGGGGAUAAGAGCUAUUGAGCGAAAUUUAAAUAAAACAAAAUAAGAAUACAAAUGGAACACAAACCCUGAAAGUUAUAGCUAGACGCAAUUUUAUCAAAGACCUGGUAAUAAGAAAAUUUCCUGUUUUAUACCGUUGUAUUCUGGUUGAGUGAUUUAAGUAAGAAUGACACCUCUGUUUGCCUCUGACAGGACGUAAUCAAGGGUUACAUGAGAACCCAGGGAGUGCAGAUUCUUCCAGAGCCAGAAGUGCCAACAAGCGAAGAAAGAGAUGCGUCUGAUCAGGCCUCUGAUUUGGAAAAAAGUAUUCCUCUAACUGCAGCUUCCGACGAUGUGAAGUUGGACGUGUAACAAGCUAGUCUAAAACAUCGUUAUUUCUAACGUGUGAUACACAACAAUAAAGGGACGGAGGAUUUUGUUGUGUUAUCAGGAGACAAAACAGGCAAAGGCUGAUAAAUAAUGCUGUAGACUAAUAGGAGUAGAAUUCAUUGGGUAAUAUAAUCCCGGCGAGUAGUUCUGGCCAGUUUUUAGUUUGAAGAUACGAGCCCAGUUUCUCCAGUAUUGUACAACACGAGGUCAUGUUAUCAAUUAAUUGUGCCAGUAACAAAGUGCGAGAAACUCAGUUGAGGAUAUUCAAUGUGAGUUCAUAUUUCUUAUCACAUCUGCUUACCGCUCAACAUGUCAAGUAAAGUAAUAGCAUCGCUUUAAACCUUUUUCAUUUUACAAGUUAUUUAAACCUUUAAAUAUAGUAUAAUUAAGUAGAAAUUAAAUAUGACAGUUCAUCUGAAAUAAUAGUUCAUCUGAUUAAAAGUCAUAAGGUCAGCUAAUUUUGUCUCUUAUGCUUUCAAGUUCAAGCCUAGCGUUCAAAUUCAUUUCCUUGAUUGUAAUUCAGUGUUAAGCAUGGGCUAGUUGGUAAAAUUUUAUUUCCAUGAGUAACAUUUGCUGGCUAAAUUUCAUUGGUUGUUUUUCAAGUGUCCAAUUUGACCUGUCUGAUUAUACAGCAACUAAUAUUCGGACGGAACAAAUCACAUAGUUUUGAUACUUAAAUUAAACAGUAAGGGCUGUAAAGAACUAUAACUGUUCUUGGCACAUUUUACCCACUGUUGAGCAAGAAAUGAAGGUCUGUAAUUAUUACAGGUGAACCGCGAUUACCAGCCUCGCUUUUUAAUAUCAACUUGUUAGUGCAGAGUAAAGAAACAAAGGCACGGCCACAAUUUGUUCUUGUACAUGUGCAUGACGCCUCGCGGUCUUAUCAUCGGAUCCCAACAAUUUUUGCGACUGUUUCUCCAAACUUAAGCCGAUUUAAAAGUGAGGAACGUUCGCCUAAGAAGCCAGGAUUAAAAUCAGUCGUCUACUUUCAGAAAUCAGAUUCUGGGUUAGAGUAGGAUGAAAUAGUCCUUGGUUUGGACGGAGAAAACAACUUUGUCUACCAAGCAGUUUUAUUAGUACUUUAGGGGAUGGAGUAUAGAGGAGCUUUGUAAUAAUUCAUGGCCGUUUCUGAGAUAGGCAUAUGAUAAGGAUAUGAAUCAGAUUUAGACUUAUCAAAUUUACUUAAGCAAUAGACAACACGUUCUAUGGGUUUACCGACGUGGUAACCCACGCGGAAUUUUGGAAGAACACAAGAAAACAGUGAUUUACAAGCUUUUCGAGUGUUCUCCCAACAUCCCAAGUGGGUCAUCACGCCUGUAAACCCACAGAAAGUGUGGUCUAUUGCUUUCAUAAAAUAUGAGUUUAUCGGCUCAAUAAACCAUAGCUUUUUAACCAAUCAGAACACGCGUACUAUGUUAGUUAUUUUAUAAAACGGAAGAUUACAAUAAGCAUCACCUUUAACAAGUCAGAAUGAGAAAAUUUGGCCCUUUUUAUAGGGUAAAAGAUACGCGUGGAUGGACCAAAGCGAUUCCGCAAUAUGUAUGGACCACAGCAAUAUUUUUUGAAUAAGGGAGAGAAGGGUACAUGUGAUCGGAGACUUUUAAGUGGACAGGUUGUUUGCUGAUUUGCAUGGUUAUUGUUUGUUGAAACAAAAGGCACUGUAGGGAGUUGUGUUUGUUUUUAAGAAUUUUUGAAACAGUAUUAACGGAGACCUGUAAACCGAGGCAAUGCAUAUGCAAAUGAAUGAUUUGACGAGUGCUGAGUCGGUAGUAUUUAAAACUUAUUUCUCUCACCGAGUUGUUGUGCAGUUUAGGAUCAGAGGGACUUAAAUCGAUUGGUUUGUGUUUACCCCGAAAACAAAAAUUCUCAAACAGUGUACAGUUUUUUUCCAGGAAUUUCAUCAAUCCAUUCAUUAACGCAAUUUGCUUUCCUAAACCAGGAUUAAAAAAAAAAACAAAACUUAAAUUAUAAACGACGCCUUUAACUGAACAAUCAGAUUGUCUUACGAAGCUGCUAAAGGAAAACCUCUGGUUUUACUAUGAUCGUUGAUCGCCGAACAAACAGCUCACAAAAGUGUAGUAAUCUGAACUAUAGUCGGCGACCGCAGCUAUUGAUAUGGAAACUAGCUUUUUAUACUUUGGUUAAGACUCAAGUCUACCUCAGCGAGUGCUAUACCAUUCGUUGAAAAGUUGUUUUGCAGUUAAUCGUUACGAUCGUUGAACUUUUUUUCUCAUCGAUCGUAGCGAUCUUAUAUGAGGAAUGAGUCUUUAUCAGAACGUAUCUUUUCCAGUGCAAGAACAUCUUAAAUUGUUUCAAUUAAGCGGCAGGCUAGCAAGAAGGUUAUUUUGUAUUCCUUGAUACUUCGUAGUCCCCCAUUUCAUCUCAUUCAAUUGUAAAUUACUGAAUAAACAAUUCUCACCCAAAGAAAAAGAAACUAUCCAAUCAGUUUGAUCUGAUCUGAUUUGAUGACGUUAGACUUUCCUGAUUGGCUGACACCUCCUCUAUUGUUCUUUCUCUAUAUAUUUGCGAUACCACCCGGAUGGUUUGGGCGGAUCCGUAAACCACUGCACAGUAAACCUCUCAAUACUUGUCACCUUUCAACACUUCAUCCAUAUUCAAUCAACUUCGAUUCUCUUUUACAAAUCCCGAUAGUGAACCCUUGAAUUCCAAUGAAGCCUUCUCCCAGCCUGGCGAAGUAGUGCAGUCGAUUACCGUCAUUAACU